AUGGAUAGGUUGAUUAAGUAUGUACAGUGUCAGCACUUUACUCAAGAACUGAUUAUUCUCAAAUCUACUCAAAUGGAUGUUGUUGGUGAAAGAAAAACCAUUAAUGGUAAAGUGCGUGUUGAAGGUCGCUUGAGCUAUUCGAGUUACAAUGAUUCUUCCAAACCUUCAUCCCGUAACAGAUUUAAUACUCAACUAUUUCCACGAACUAGAACGGCACUGCAGGACGGUACAAGUGUUGGGGACUAUCCGUCAAUAGUUUUGGAUCGUGAAGGGCAGUGUGGAAUAUGUUUAUCGUUCAAACGUAUUUAG